ACUUUGUUUAAUUUUAUUUGGGUUCCGAAGUGAAAUUCGUAGUCUCUCUACCUCUGUAAAUGGAGACGUCUGUCGGAAGAUUCUCUCCGAUUUCCAUUGUUUUAUUUGAUACCUGAAGCUCGCGCGUUUGGCUCUAGGAUUUCUUCGGUCCGUCGUAUUUUCUAUCUCAGGUUGCUGCAUUUGGACUUUAGACGAAGUUGGAGCUCAAAAUAAAUCAUCACUCAAGUAUUUUGAAGCUGAAAAGCAUGAGCAUAUAGUGUUCAUGUAAUGUCUAUAACAUGCAGACAGAGUUACAGGUCACUUUGCACUCUGAGUCCCACCUUCAUCCAGAGAAUAUAUCUGUUCAGGACAGAGAUCCUAAUGUGACCCCAUCCACUGCAAAUCAUGUCUCAACAAAGAACCCUGCAAAAAGACCAACACGGCAAUGGGCUGCUUGGACACGUCAAGAGGAGGAAAGUUUCUUCACUGCAUUACGACAAGUUGGCAAGAAUUUUGAGAAAAUCACACAUCGUGUCCAAAGUAAAAACAAAGAUCAGGUUAGACACUAUUACUACCGACUUGUGAGACGUAUGAAUAAAUUGCUCGGCCCAGAGCUGUGUCUUGAUGCCAAGAACUCUAAAGAUACUAAUGCUGCGAUGCUUCGAUGGUGGUCCUUAUUGGAAAAGUAUAGUUGCAAAGCCUCAAAGCUUCACUUGAAGCCCCGAAGAUUGAAGAUAUUUAUAGAAGCCUUGGAGCACCAACUCUUGAAAGAUCGGAGGAAGAACAUAAAGAAGCGACCUUCCCAGGGGGAGAACUGUCCACCUGCUGCUCCAAGCACUGUACCAAAUCAGAGUAGAGCAUCGGCACAAGAUGCUCGCAUGGUUAAACUUGUUCUCGUGGAUAGUCAAAACAUUCAAAAAUUAGGUUCUGGAAAAACAUCAUUGAAGCGCAAUAUCAAUGUAGGUGUUAACCGCACUAAUAACAAAGGAGAUACUACUACUAUGAAACCAGGAAGGCAACGGCGGAAACCAGCUGCAUAUAAAAAAUGGGAAAAGGCUGCAAUUGCUGGGGUCUCGUUGGUUGCUGAUGCUGCUGAGCAUUUGGAACGGACAGCUACUGAUAAAGUGGUUGAAAAUGACCCAGGCUCCAAUCCUGUCAGCACAGUUCUGCCUCCUUUGCCUACUUUUUCUCACAAUCUUUUUGUUGAGAACAAUACUCUGACUUCUAUGAAACUCAAGCUCCAGUUGUUUCCAAUUGAUGAUGGUACUCGGAGGGCCCUGGAAAUGGAUAAGCAUAAUCCACACCUAGAGCUCACUCUGAGUACUCGGAAGAAGAUAUCAUCAGUUUUAGAACAUCUAAAUCGCAAAUGGGGAAACUCGAGUGUUGCCUCUGGAGAGUUAAUGCUUUUCCCUUAUAGUGUUCAAGGGGAAAACCUGAUGGAUUGUCCAAGGUGGACACAGGACUCUAUUGUUAGUGCCGCAGAUGUAUAUGCAAUGCUAGGAAGGCCUACAUUUUUCCGUUUAAGGUAUGGUUGGUUUUCUGAUACAGAGCUUGGAUCUGCUGUAUUGCAAGCACAUUCUGCAUCCUGCUGCAUUCCGGGAGAACAUAUCAUGAACAACGACAAUAUAAAGGUCACAGAUUCAGCACCCAUCUCCGUGGCAUCAACUAUUGAUCGAACUUUGGAUCUCUAUGAGGAUCAACCAGCUGUUGUGAAUCAGAAUCAUGCUCUUCCUCCCAGCUCAACUUAUGUGUCCCGUGAGAUGAAUAAGUGGACUUGCUUGGCUCCUAGCAAUAACUGUGUUGAGUCCUCUGAUCUUGCAGCAAAUAUAUCAUGGUGCCGAAAGGAGGCUGGUGAUGGAACUAUCAUGAGACAAUCUGAAGAUGUGGAUGACCUGAGAUUUGGUACUGGGCCUGCAUUGACAGCUGGGGACUGGGCUGAUACCCUUACCAACAUAAGCAUUGGUGAUCUACUUUCAGGAGUUUCUCAUGAUAUUGAUGUUAAUUGCAUUGACCCACCUGUUGCCGAAAGCUCCCAAUGUCUUCAGCAGGUUCCAUUCAGUUGCGACUCUUUUGAUGCUGCUAUUGCUGCUCACAUAUCUAAGCAUCAGGACAAGAUGGGAUAUCAACCAACUUUGCCAUCCCAUGCAUCUUCCAUCUGGGAUGCAGAAGAAACGUGUGAUGCCUUCUCCUAUAAAAAGAACUCUGUUUUUUGUCGGGAGGAUCCAAUUUUAUCCAGAGUUUCUUCUCCAGGCUCCUGCAAGCAGACUACCAGAACGAGCUUGGAGGGUACUGAUUGUUUGCUUGAGGAACCUGAAGUGGAGGAACCUGUGGAAAGCCCUGCAGAAGACCCCAUCAAAGAAACUCAUCAGUCUUGUACGCAUAUUGUAGAUAAUUCAGCAAAGGAUUUCAGCACAUUAGCAGAUAUAUACUGGCCUGAUUCUUUAGGACCGCUAGAUUUGGAUAAACCGUCUUCUAAAUACCAUAGUGAAGAUUUAAUUCUAAGUGAUAGCCUUGGCGGUUUGAACCGUCUGAUAGCCAGCAGUCUGGAUGCGUUCCAAAAUUGCUCAUUUUUCGGAUUGGACAAGAAGAACCAGCAUCAGUAGUUGAGGCUCGAGAAGUUCUUUUCAUUUCAAAGUUGGCGGCGGAAUUUGAGCUUUUUUUUUCUGGGGUAUACUGAGGAUAAUCAUUUUCAGUUUUCCUGAAAUGAGAGUUGCAUCUGAAAUCGAGCGGUGCAGGCCAGUAUAAUCCGGCAUUCUGCGUAAAGUAUCUCCAUCAAAAACUCCUCACUAGUUGUACAAAAAUAGACAUGGAAUUAACUUGUUAGAGUUCUGUAUUCCAACUUGUAUCUUUUAGUUCCCUUGGCUGUAAAUCAUAUUUCAUAGAUGAUGCCAGAAACUGUACAAUCCCAACAGAUGAGAAAAAAAAUUAUCAUCUGAUCUGACAUAUACUGAUGUUGUUGUUGAUUA